CUUCACACAAGGAGGACAGUGCUCGUCAAAAGGUGACUUCGCUUCCAUUUUUACCGUCUUCCCUCUAAACGUCCAUCCCCGAAGCGUUUGAGUUUCGUUGUGGUGGGCCGACGAUGGAGAUCCGGAUUAAAGGCCUCCACGCCGUGGCCCAGUGGGGCUGGGAUUGCAAAGGGGACACCUGCGGGAUUUGCCGCCGCCUCUUCGAGGCCCCCUGCCCGUGUUGUAAUUUUCCCGGCGAGAAUUGCCCACUUCAAACGGGGCGUUGUCAUCACACGUUUCACCUGCACUGCAUUGAAAAAUGCACCUCCGCGGAGGAUAAUAUGGCCUGCCCGAUGUGCCGCCAGGCGUGGGAAUGAGCAGAGAUAAUAAUAAAAAAAUCACAAAGGGGUGGAAAUGAGAGCGAAAAAAAAAUAGACAACGAGAGCAAUGAACGAUAGAGACAACAGAAUGGAACUCCUUUGGAGGAGAAUCCGAAUGGGGUGCAAU